AUGCUGCCGGGCCGGCAGAUGCCCUUCGGUGACUUGCAAACGAAGAUUUCUCUUUCCGCGAAGCUCAAGCGUCAUGAAAAUCAAAAUUUCACUCUUUACUACCUGCUCUCCCGCAACUAUUCCUUCCGCCUCAAGAGUAUGCCUCUCUCGUGCGCCUUCACGGAUAGCCUUUGGCAAAAUUUGAUUGACGCAGCAAUCAUCCUCGGCUCACAUUCGCCUGUAUUUCUGACGGCCAUUUCAGGGCCCUCCACGGAAGAGCAAAACGGAGAAUACGAAAUCGAAGACGCCACAUUUAUCGCAGUCUGCAAAAUGGUCGAAUUCAUGUACACUGGUACAUACGCGGCUCCGCCUACCGACUCGUCCGUGGCCGACGACAUUUGCAGAGACGCAUGUUUUCACGCGCAAAUGGUAGCGUUGGCGGACAAGUACCUGAUCUCGGCUCUUUUCGAGAUUGCGAGAGAAAACUUCGACGCUUCGGUCGCAUCGGAGAGCAACGCACUUGCGCUUCUUGGCUCUGUACCAGACAUAUAUGCCAUCGAUGCAGAUGGGGGUCUGGCACUGCGGGAAAUACUCGGAAAGCAGUACCUGCAUUCGCUACCGAUCUUCUGA